CACGGACGCUUCCCACUUUCCUUCCAGGAGACGAGCUGUGGCGCUGCUGCUGCUGCUGCGGGACUGAAAGCUUUCCGUGCGUCCUCAUGGCACACAACUAGCAGGCUAAACUGCGCUCUGCUCGUUUCGAUUUUUAUUAUUUUUUUGUUAUUUAAUUUUUUUUCAAUCGCUCCCUCAUUGUAUGGAAAGUGCUCCUGGAUGGACCUGGGUGAAAACAGCUGGUCCAUGGUGAAGCGAGAAGUUUCCAGCAGCCCAGGCUCGCCGGCGGAGCACACCUACCUGCCGGGUGACAGGAGGGACACGUCUGUGGAGCUCAGGACGCCUCCGGGCGAGCUGGACGCGCUGGGCCCCCGGCGCGCGGACGGCAGGUCGCUGCACUCCUACCUCCACUUCGGACACGCGCACGGAGGCACCCUGAGCGCCGCGGAGGACCUCCCGCUCUUCACGGACCUAGAUCAGGGGAGCAAACUCGUCCUCUCCGCGGGAGCGCACAAGGCGGCGAGCCUGCUGGUGGACCCCACAGACAUGUACCAGACUCUGGCCAUCGCCGCCGCGCAAAGCCAGACGGGAUAUGAUUCCUCCUCGGCGGGCUACAUGCACUCCAACCCCAACUCCCCGGUGUACGUCCCCAGCUCCCGGGUCAACCCCAUGAUCUCCAGCCUCCCGUACCUGCAGGCCGGCGGCUCUGCGCAGCCCGGACACGCCGUCUCCAGCCACUCGGUGUGGUCGCAGUCCGCCCCGGAGAGCCCCUCAUACAGCGCCGGGAGCCCACACACAUCCAGCCGCUUCCACUACCCCCCCAGCCCCCCCAUGAACAACGGAACAGUCAGGGACGGCAGCUACAGUAACACGCUGAAUGUGAGCAGCAGGGACCAGUACGGGCUCUCCCGCCCGCUCAGUGGGACCUACGCGAGCCCGUACUCCCCUUAUGUCACCCCCCAGCUGCCCUCGCCUUGGACUGGGGGGGCUUUUGACAACACGAUGCUGCACACCUUGCAGAGCAGAAGCGCGCCCUUGAUCAGAGGACCGAAUGGGGUUUCAGACAUCCUGGAUGACAUGGCGGAGAGCAGGGAGUGCGUGAACUGCGGCUCCAUCUCCACGCCGCUGUGGAGGCGAGACGGCACGGGCCACUUUCUCUGCAACGCCUGCGGCCUUUACAGCAAAAUGAAUGGCCUGAGCCGGCCAUUAAUUAAACCUCAGAAGCGCACGUCGACCUCCAGACGGAUCGGCCUCUCCUGCGCAAACUGCCAGACCAGCACAACCACCUUGUGGCGCAGAAACGCGGAGGGGGAGCCGGUGUGCAACGCAUGUGGGCUCUACACGAAACUGCACGGGGUACCUCGGCCCCUCGCCAUGAAGAAAGAGGGAAUCCAGACGAGAAAAAGGAAACCCAAAACUUUGAAUAAAACCAAAGGAUCCUCUGGCAAUAACAGCUCUGUGUCCAUGACUCCCACAUCCACCUCUUCAUCCAACUCUGAAGACUGCUCCAAAACCAGUUCUCCUUCUGCACAAGCAUCAGGGGUCAGCUCAUCUGUGCUCUCCAGCUCGGGGGAGGGAACGAGCUCGGGCCCAGCGGUGAAGUUCCCGGGACAGGACAGCCUGUACACCAGCGUGAGUCUGACCCAGAAUUCAGAUGUAGCUUCGGUGAGGGGCGAACCCUGGUGCCCCAUGGCCUUGGCUUAAAAAGUUUUUCUCAGGGUGGACAGAACUCCCUGCCCCCCACCCAAUCCUCGCUCUUCCCUCUGUCUGGAUGCUGGAUAAGUGUGGAUGUAUCCGGGGACACUAUUUGCACCCCCAGCCCCCCACCCCCCAAAAGGGUGAGAUGAUCAUCACCCUGCAUGAAAACAUGGAAUAUCUGGGAUUAUGCUCCAGAGUGGUGCUGGAAGAACACAAGGCCUGAUGGAUGGGACCCGUCGUGGACUCUGAUGUCUCCCAUCAAUGUUAAAAACCUGAUCUGGGUUCUGUGCCACAAAAGCCAUGAAGGAGUUCCUCUCUGAGAAACAACAACAACCAAAAAAAAAAAAAAAACUUGGACAUCAGUGCUUCAUGAAGCACUUUGGACAUUUGGUCUUUUUUUUUUUUUUGUCCCCCCACAACUGGAAUCACGCCAUAAAACAUCUGUAAUGAAUCAGAAGUAAAAUAUAUUUAUAAAUCUUCCAAUGUUGAGAACGUGAUUGUUAAUAAAGAUAUCAAACAUAGGGUAGAAGUUGAACCAUUUUAAUGUCCUCUGUGCGUGUCCCCCUUCCCUUUUGAAAAGCGGUUGUUCGUAGUAAAGCAGUGGCAAAUCGGCACGUUUUCCACUAAAAGCUCUUACUGCAAACGACUGAAACAAGUUUGGUUUAAACAGGGUAUAAAUGUCACAAAGUGUUGUUUUUGUUUUAAUCAUUUACUGAAAAAAAAGGCAAAUUAUUGAUUUUUUUUCUGACUCGUUUCUUUUUUUUUAAUAUGAGAAGACAGGGUCAGCUCGUCUGUGAGGUACUUUUCAUUAAAAGCAUGUUUUAUUUUGAACAAAGCUCAACCGGAACAGUUUAUUUUUUACUCAUGUUUCUGGUCCAACACAUAAACUGCUGCACUACCUGACUCGAUCUAAACUUUAUACGUUCUCUCUCCAUCGUUUUUGUUUUAAAUUAGAACAAAGUGGAGAGAAAGCUCACCUCUGAAUAAACCAUGUGACUGUGCGGAUGAUCGCUUUCAUGAUUCAAUGUGUUUCUUUACACGACUCUGUCAAAACAAAAAGAUGCAUAUUGAUUUAAUUUGUUCAAAAAAAAAAAAACAA